CGUGCUUGGGCACAUAGAUCAUCACUUGUUAUCAGCGCCUGCAGCACACUCUUCGCGUUCUUGCGCAUUCCUUGCUCUAUACGCCCACCUCAACUAUCUUUGUAUACAGCUGUACAAUACUGUCAACUACAUGGGUCCAGAGUGCUCAAAGCACUGUAACUUAUGUGACCAGGAUAUCAAGCCAUGAGGAUGGACCACCCACCAAAAAUCUUGUGAGACGAAGGCAGCCAAAAGACAACAGGAUCAGGUGAUUGUAGAUGCGAUUUGGAAGGAGAAAGGUGCGUCUGUUAUAUCUUUGCCUUGAUGUAUUGUUGAAGCUGAUGUUUAAUUGUAUCAAAAUACAGUGUUGGAUUCAUCAUCGAGACUCGACAAACCUCAAUCAGCCAUUCGUAUCCCUGUAUCAGUUGAAAUGCAAAAUCAUGCGGAAUUCCUCGAUGUGGACUUCGGUCAUGAUGAUCCAGUGAUUGGUCCAGCAGGCAUUGAGGCCAAGGUAUACAGCUUUGAUAACUUUGAGCGUCGUGCUGCAGACUUCCUGGUCCCUCCACCUGAUGGCCAACCUUGGAGUCCAUUCAAAUCUUGGCUCAAGUUUGAAAUUGCCGAGAUCAUGCUCGAGGUUGGGUUCAACAAUCAACAAACCGAUCGUCUUAUCAAGCUAUGUCACCACUGUGCUGUGGGGAAGGAGAAACUUACACUCAAAAACCACAAGGAUAUCCACAACGUGUGGGAGGCUGCCUCGCAUCGCAUUACAAAGUUUAUGAAGGAAGUGAUCUCAGUCCCAUUCACUGGAGAUGAGGAACUGCGGGAGUAUGAUGUGCAUUACCGAGACCUUUGGGAGCUGGCUGCCGAUAUGCUUCGCAAUCCCCGGCUCUUUCCUCACUUCACGUUUGAUGCACACUGCCUCUUGAAGUUUGAUGGUAACACAUUUGUUUCUUUUGUUGAUGAGCCUUUCACUGCGCGAGAUAUCUGGGAUGUACAAGUAUGUGAUAAUACUUUGUAGUUUUUCAUGUGCCUUAU